AUGUUGAUCUCUACAAGCCUCAUUCUGCGUCACCUAGACUACUACGCAUGUCCAGACACUCAGAAGUACGUAGUCAGGAUUUUGUUCAUGGCCCCGAUUUACGCUGUUGAUUCUUUGCUUGCUCUGACUUUCGUUGGAUGGGCUACUACAUACAUCGACGUCUUCAGAGAUUGCUAUGAAGCUUUCACAAUCUACAACUUCCUGAAGCUAUUGAUCGUGCUUCUUGGGGGGGAACGAGCUGUGAUCGAAAUGUUGGAAAAGAAACCACAAAUGCAGAUGAUCUUCCCACUUCAUUGGCUUGAACCAUGGGAAAUGGGAGCUGAGAUGUUCUACAGUUGCAAGUACGGAGCGUUGCAAUACGUCUUGGUGAAGCCAACUUGUGCUCUGAUCACCUUUGUAUCGGGUGCUGCUGGGAUUUACGGUCCAAACACAUUCAGCCUUGCCCGGUUGCACUUUUAUGUGUUUUUCUUUAGCAACAUGUCACAGAUGUGGGCAUUGUACUGUUUGCUCAUGUUCUACUUGACCUUGAAAGAUGAAUUGGGACCGUACAACCCAGUCUUGAAGUUCUUCAUUGUCAAAGCUGUGGUUUUCUUCUGCUUCUGGCAAGGCAUGCUGCUUGGACUACUGGCUUACCUUGGGUACAUCCCGGCUUCGGGAAGCUUUUCAUCAGACAGCAUAGUCGAAGCUAUUCAAGAGCUGCUCGUGUGUGUAGAGAUGGUCGUGGUCUCGUUGUUGUUCCAUUACGCUUUCCCAGUGGAAGAAUUUGUAGACAUAGAGGUGAGUUCAGUUCCUUGA